AUGGCUCCAUUAGAUAAAGAUAUACCACGACUUCCUUGCGACGUUAGUAAUAUAAAAAAUCUUGACACAUACAUAGAAGUUAUCAAUCAGUUGACCACAUGUAUCUCUAACGCGGUAAACGAGGGAAAAAGCGUCACAGCUGUUAACAAGCGCCUUAUAAAUCUGGCAGCUGAAGAAAUCCGAAGAGCCUCAAACAGCCUUUCCACUGUACUAUCAGCGAAAGCUUCACAUGCCGAGGAACAGUCUUUGAAAAAUGAUAUUUUAACCAUCGUUAGAGAGGAAAUCAAAAAGCUUAAAGAAGUGCUAACUCCCACUUCCAAUGCGCCUGGCCCUACAUACGCGGAAGUGGCAUCUAUUGCCCCAAAAAAACCAGCAAUUGUUAUCAAAUCUACAAACCCUACAGCAAAAUCAUCCGACAUUCUCGCUACCUGGAAAAAGAACAUUUCAUUUAAGAAAGAAAAAUAUGCACCUGUUAAAAUGCAAACAAUAUCAAAUGGGAAAAUUCGCGUAGAGUUUGAAAACUACAAGCAAUGCGAGGAAGCCAUUACCAAAACUAAUCAGGUAGAAGGGUUACAAGCCGAAGAGUCCAAAAAUAGAAGUCCUCUCAUUAUUCUUAAAGGAAUUACAAAAGAAACGGCAAAAGAAGAACUAAUUGAAAUUAUUUCCUACCAAAAUUCGAUCCCUGAGGACGCAUUACGUCUUUGUUUCCUUACUUCAAAUAAGAAUAACGCUUUAUACAAUGCAGUUUUGGAAGUGACACCUAAAUACUACACAACUAUUACCACAUACGGACGAGUAGCCAUUAAUCAUCAACGAGUGUUUGUCGGGCCUUUCUCGAGAUUUGUUCAAUGCCAUCUGUGUUUACAAUUUGGACAUACAAAAACGAAAUGUGCCAUAACAAUUCACCCAUGCGCGUUUUGUGCCUCAGAAGACCACAAUAUUAUGGACUGCCCAAACAGAACCUCUGACGAAAAACGAAAGUGCUACAACUGCCACAAACAUAAUUUGAAGACCAACGCCAAUGCCGACAUUAGACAUAAUGCAACAAAUGUAAAACUGUGCCCUAGAAUCAUCUCUAUUAAAAAGAAAUUAGAGGAAUCUACUGAUUAUGGACUUACAAACUAA